AUGACCGCAUCCAUCCCACUGGGCGAUUCGACGCCUACCCGGCUACUGGCCCAUACGCUUCAUCCCAGCACUUUCGAAGUUCCCCCCUCCUCGACCGGACCAGGUCGAUCGAACGCUGAAGCUCAAUUGUCGGACUGGAGACGUUCGAACCGCACAGCGGGCUCCACAUCGCUCUCCGCCUCGGCUGCCAAGCAGAUGGAGAGGCUGGCUGUGUUCAGGCACGCCAGAGGCGAUCACUUGCCCAGCAGGGGAAUACAAGCCGAGAAGUUCAGAAUGCGCAGGGCGCUGGACGGACUGCCGCCCGUCGGAAGUACCGCCGAUGCUGAUGAUUUGAGCGACGAGGAGGCCGAGCUGCAACACUUGCAAGAUCGUGUAGCCAAUUUUGGAGACGACUAUAUAGUGCAGAUCGGUCGGAUGCGCACGAGGCAGGAGGAAGAUCUCUCGGCCACCGACAGAGGACGCACGCCAUCGAGCGAUGGCUCGGAUGCUGAAGGAGGGCCGAGCGGAGGUCCGCCUGUUGGUCAUACAGGACAUGCAGCCGCAGCUGCCGCGGCCGCAGCUCGACAAGCUCAGAUCACACAAGCGAAUACGCAAGCAAGGACGGCAGCCGAUGCCGGAAGAUUAGCUGCAAUGCGAGCCCGAGCCCGAGCUGGUGCUGCUGCUGCUGCUGCUGCUGCAACACCAGCAGCUGAUGGCGCAGCUAUAAAUCCAGGCGAAGAUGACAUUGGAACGAACGCUACAGGAAUGGAAAUGGAAAGAGACUUGGAUGCUAGUGUCGAAGAUAUGGAUUGA